AUGGAUUUCUUAAAGAAUCCCAUCGUCUUUUUUCGAAGACCGGGGCGCUUUUCUCUGGACAAGUUUCUUACUGGAUUGGACAACGGGUCGACUCUCUUGUUUUUCAAGAAGAAUCGGCCCGUUCUUUCAAUCCGAAGGAAUUUGUCCGCUCAUGAGUUCACCGUGCCCUCCGCCCCGGAGUACCAGGAGGAGGCGCUCGGUGAACCGUGCGGUCAGCGGGAGAGAGAGACUGAGGACGAUGAGGUUCAGAGCUCGGUGAGCGGAGCCGCCGAUCCUCAGACUCCUGCGGUCCAGACAGCAGAGGAAGCCUGUCCAGAUGAGAAGGCCAUGAUUGAGGAUGAAGACUUUGAGGAGGAGGCAUCAGAGUCUUCAUCCCAUCAUGAGCUUUCUUCCGUGUCUGGUUCAGGCUCAGACUCCAGCUCUCUUACCAAAAGGAGUUCCUCUGUUGUUGUUGACGGUAGUGGGGACGAGACCCUCACCAUCCAACCAGCAGCAUGUCUGCCGUGGAUCGGUCAGGUGGUCCCCAUUGCUGACCUUAAGCCACCAGCUCCCAGGAAAGGUCUUCCGCUGUGGAGUGAUAUGUGGUACACGGUGGACCUCAAUGGAUCCCGUGAGGAGUCCACAUCUCCAGAGUCAGCCUGCACACAUCAGGAGGAUGCUCAGAGCUCGGUUAGGUCUGAACUGAGUCCUGAUGGAGCCUCCGCUCCUCAGACUCCUGCGGUCCCGACAGCAGAGGAAGCCUGUCCAGAUGAGAAGGCCAUGAUUGAGGAUGAAGACUUUGAAGAGGAGGCAUCAGAGUCUUCAUCCCAUCAUGAGCUUUCUUCCGUGUCUGGUUCAGGCUCAGACUCCAGCUCUCUUAGCAAAGGGAGUUCCUCUGUUGUUGCUGACGGUAGUGGGGACGAGCCGCUCGCCAUCCAACCAGCAGCAUGUCUGCCUUGGAUCGGUCGGGUGGUCUCGAGAGCUGACCUUACGCCACCAGCUCCCAGGAAAGGUUUUCCGCAGUGGAGUGAUCUGUGGUACACCGUGGACCUCAACGGAUCCCGUGAGAAGUCCACAUCUCCAAAGUCAGUCUGCACACAUCAGGAGGAUACAGAGACUAAAGAUCUGAAGGCGAGGGCGGAGAUUUUAGUCUCUGAAUUGGUCCGGUUCUCCGGAUGUGGUUCUGUUUCUGCAGAAUUCCGAUUUAAGGUAGGGCAAAUGUUGGUGAGCUUUGCCCUGACCUCUGAGGCGGCAUGCACUCUCGCGAGGGAGACAUUGGACCGGGAAAUGCUCCGUCUACGCAAAGAAGAGAGUUCGCCCCAGACAUUGAUUCACCUUUACAGGUUCAUAAAGAGGAUGAGAUGGAGCCGACACCAAAGAGGGCCAGACUCUAUGGGCUGUCGGCUCGGGUCACACCUCCUCUUUCCCAGACACCAUCGUCCUCUCAGCAAAUUAAAGUAAAUACUGCAGAGGUCAAUCGUUCUUCUGUUUCUCAACCUUCAUCUAAUCACAAUCUGAAAAUUCGGCAAGUGCCUCCUCCCGCCUCUCCUCCUCGUCGCUGUUGCAAGCGUCCGGCCC